AUGACGACGGAUCAAGUUGACGCCCUCUUGGAAGCAUUCAAUCUUGUUGGCAUCUCAGCGUCAGAGUUCCUCGUUGAAUUGCUAACUAAUCCCCAUUACACCACCCACGAGAAUACAAUCAAUUUAAGAUCAUGCAGCCCGUGUAUUAUCAAGCUUCUCACAGGACACCCAGGAGCUUCUACAGGAGGUGCGCUGAAGUGGGCCAGUGAUAUCAUGAAACAUAGGUGUGCACUGGAGAUUCAAGAACUAUCAGCGAAGAAAUCCGGCUACCAUUUUUCAGUCUUGCAUGCAUCUGUAGAACAACUUGAAGAAUUUGACAUGGAAGAGUUAGGUGGAGGGAUGCUACAAUGCGCACCAUUCUUGUGGGAUAUGCUUGAUGUCCUUCUUUCGGCA